AUGCAUUCUGUCAAUAUUCUUGCUCUUGCUCUGGCCACCACAGUCAGUGCUGUUCCCUUCAAAGGACUUAACAGUACCAAGUGGACUCCAGAGCACAUCCUGAAGACUGACGAGGUUAUCCUCUAUGGCGAAGGACGCAUGGAGGUUGUCCACAAGAGUGUCUAUCACGAGCUCAUCCAAUCCAAGCAUAUCUCUGAGGACAUCCCUGCCCUACCCGAGAAGUUCCCAGUUACUACCCCAGCUGUCGGGUCCCCUCGGCCCGACAAUAGAACCCUCGACGAGAGAGACGAAUGCGACCUCACCACGGCGGUCAUCACAGACCGUUCCGAGACCUUUGUCGACUGGGAUGUUCAGAUGUCUCCCGUGAUUAUCGGUACGGGCAGCAAGGGCAUCACUGUAACUGUCACUUCGGGCUUCAGCGUGGCCAACAGCAUCGGCGUCAGCGCCAGCGGUGACUGGGCUGCUGUCAAGGACAAGCUUGGCCUCUCUUUUGGCAUUGACUACACUCGCACCUGGACUUCAUCAGCAGCCAUCAACAUUGGUGCUACCGUUGAGGAUGGCUUCUCUGGAGUCAUGGUCACUAAGCCUAUCAAGACCAGAAAGUACGGCCGUGUUUUGAAGGGCUGUCUUGGAUCUCAAAAGGAGUCUGGAACUUUCACCGCUGAUUCUUUUGAGGAGAAGGAAUAUGCUGGCAUCAAGUGGGUUUCUGGCGCUAUCACCCUCUGUGCUAAGAAGGAGUUCCCCCUCUCUCGCUGCACUGGAAGUGGAAACUUUGUUUGA